UAACUAUCGACAUAUAUCGAUAGUAGCAAAUAAAGUAAUACAUAUUGUGUUUCGAUCGUGCUAAAAUAUAAAGUAUAAACCAUUGCAGCGUUAAAUGAACGGCAGAAGCUAAUUUGAAGAUUUAAAACAGGUUAUUAAUUACAAGUCUACUUACCUCUUGUGCUGUUCCUGUUGGCUUUUUUCUUGGAUUAGCAUAAACUUCUAUCUUAUAUGAGCAGCUUGGAUGAAUAUAUAUCUCUGGUUUUCAAAUGGCCUCGGCUGCGAUGUCCCCGGCUGAAGAUGACGAGUUAACCCUUCCUCGUGCAUCCAUUAAUAAGAUGAUCAAGGAAAUACUACCACAUGUACGCGUGGCUAAUGAGUCACGAGAAUUAAUCCUAAAUUGUUGUACAGAAUUCAUCCAUUUGUUGUCUUCUGAAGCUAAUGAGAUAUGCAAUCAACAACAAAAAAAGACAAUAAAUGCAGAGCAUAUUUUGCAAGCACUUGAAAAACUUGGUUUCGGCGAUUAUAGUGCAGAAGCAGAAGCUGUUUUAAGAGAUUGUAAAGCAGUAGCAGCUAAGAGAAGACGUCAGAGUACUAGGUUAGAAAAUUUGGGAAUUCCAGAAGAAGAAUUAUUGAGACAACAACAAGAACUCUUUGCAAAAGCAAGAGAAGAACAAGCUGUUGCUGAACAACAACAAUGGCAACAAUUGCAAGCAGUUGCACAAAUGACAUCGAUGCAACAAACUGAUAGCGAACAAGAAGAUUACUCAUAAAAUACAAUACAGAAAUAAUUCAAUUGAGAUCAUAUGUGAAGUUUUUCCACAUUUUAUUAUAUUAAGAAAUAUAAAAAGGAAAAUAGGAGAUCUUAUUUUGAAUAAAAAUAAUAAGUGUA